AUGACAGUCGCCAACUGGCUAGGCUCGGGCUGGGGCUUGACGACGAUGCUCCAAUCCGCUCCGACCCACUUCACGAUCGAGCCCAAUUCGGCAUACGCCUUCCUUUUGGGCCUAUCCGUCGGCCUCCUGGUUUACAGCAUCUUUGUCUCUCCCGUCUAUCUCUCCUCCCUGAAGCACCUCCCUGGACCCAAGCAGGACAACGCCUUCUUCUUUGGCCAGACGCUCAAGUUCCUCCACGUCCCCUGGUUCCCUAAUCUCUACUUGGAAUGGUCUCGCCAGUGGCCGGACGCACCUUUCAUCCGCUAUCUUGGCAUGGCGAACACCGAAACCCUCUUCGUGAACAGCAUCGUGGCGUACAAAGAAAUCCUGCAGACCAAGGCCGCCUGCUUUGUCAAGCCCAAGUUCGCGCGGACCUUUGCCCACGAGACCAUCGGCGAUGGCCUUCCCUUCGCGGAAGGGCAACUCCACAAACUACGUCGAGCUGCGAUGAUGCGGACCUUUUCUGUUCCCAGCCUCAAGGACUCUUUCCCCAUGGUUCAGGAGAAAGCGAGACAGUGGACAGAUGUGCUGAGUCAGAAGAAAAAUGAAGCUGGCGAUGUCGAGAACUUCAACCACCUCGAAACCGACGGCUCGCCUCUGUACAACUCCUUCACGAAUGCUAUGAAGCCAUCCACCUUUGGCCACAUCGUCAACUACCUCAACUCCAGCUUCCCGAUCAGAAAAUAUCUCCCCAUCCAUGAACUUCAGGAAGCGGCGUUCCACCGCGAAAAAGCCCGUGACUUCAUCCGAGCUCAUGUAUCGGCAAGACUCGAGGCGCUGUGGAAGGACGAAGCCGCCAACGGCAAUGCACCAGACGCUCUCCAGUACCUAGUCGAACACUCGGAUUCGGGUUGGGGCAAGAAUGAGAUUGUUGAAUACGCGAUCCACGAGCUGUCUCGCCGACCAGAAGUUCAGCAGCGGCUGCGGGACGAGAUGAAGAGUUUGGGCCACUCGCUUGAGAAUGCCAUUCACAACAAUAUCAACAAGCUCCCGUUCUUGCACAACUUUGUACGCGAGGUUUUGAGACUCUACUGCGCCAAUGGAACAGCGGCCAUGGUGCCCCGCGAAGCAACCUGCGACAUUGACAUCGCCGGCGUGCCUAUCCCGAAGGGCACCGUCAUCCAGCUCUCGCCGGCCGUGAUGAACCUACACCCAUCCGUCUGGGGCCCAACGGCAGGCGACUUCGACCCGGACCGCUGGGACACGCUGAGCGGCGCUGCGGCGAGCCCCUACGCAUUCGAGACGUUCCACAACGGGCCUCGCAUGUGCGUCGGCAAGCAGCUGGCGAUAAUGGAGAUGAAGGUCAUGAUCGUGGAGCUGGUGGGCCGCUUCCGCAUCGAGGCCGACGGCGACGGGCCGCUGGAGAUUGCCCAGCCGACGUUUACUCUGCGACCGAAGGAGAAGUUGGUGGUUAGGCUGGUGGAGUUGUAAUUUGCGACGAUUGUACGAGAUGCUGCGGUAUGAGGCGCUGAGCUAUGGAUGCUGGGCUACACACGCUGAGCGAGAGAUGCUGAGCCAUGAGAAGCUGAGCUAGAUGCUGGGCUAGAGAUGCUGGGCUAUGAGAGACGAGAGAUGAGAGGCGGAUAAUAUGCUCGGUUUGUACUAGAUGGCCUUCGUCAAGAGACGACGACGGGAUUGUUGUCUUCGGCUCUGAUAUUGGACGAAUCACUAGAUUACACUAGAACGCGAGGAAAGAUAGAAAAACAUGUAUGAGUCUUGUAACUUUACUUGAACCAUA